AUGUUUUCAGUGCGUGCGCCGAGGAUCUGCGUCAUCAGCAGACCAGAUCAACAAAAACGUUUCUGCAUUUGUGAACGUGUGUUCGCAGCACAGCUUGAUCCUUUUGAAGGCUAUGUAUUCGCCUACUUCACCAACAACACCAGGGCCGGCGAAAACAUCUACUUGGCAGCCAGUAAUGGCAACAACGCGCUGAGCUGGAGAGAGCUGAACAACGGCCAGCCCAUCCUCAGAUCAACACAGGGCACAAAGGGACUACGUGAUCCCUUCCUUAUCCGGUCACCCGAUGGUGGCAAGUUCUUCCUCAUUGCCACAGACUUGAGCAUUGGGUCGGGUACAUCUUGGGGAGCUGCCGUCUCCCAAGGUAGCUUGUACUUGGAGAUCUGGGAGUCAACCGACCUCAAGACAUGGUCCGCACAGCGACACGUCAAGGUCUCACCCAACACCGCCGGUAACACAUGGGCACCUGAGGCAUACUAUGACCCUACGAUCAAUGCGUACGUUGUCUUCUGGGCUUCCUCGCUGUACGCAGAGAGCGAUACAGCCCACACAGGACCCACCUACCACCGCAUGUUGUACGCGACAACAACGGACUUUGUCACUUUCAGCGAGACCACGGUUUGGCAGGACGCCAGUAUGUCGCGCAUCGACUCGACCGUUAUCCAGGAGGGAAGCAACUUCUAUCGCUUCACCAAGGACGAGGGCGCCUCUGGAACAGGGUGCUCUGACAUCAUCCAAGAGCACUCUUCCUCGCUGCGCGCAACGCUCGAGUCGUGGACGCAGGACGCUGCCUGCAUCGGCAAGGGCGCCGGAACCAGCGCCGUGGAGGGCCCGACUGUCUUCAAAUCCAACCCUGGUGAUGUCAAUGGCGAGAAGUUCUACCUCUUUGUUGAUGAGUACACUGGCCGUGGCUACAUCCCCCUUGAGACAGCCGACAUCUCCAAGCCGGCCUGGAAAGUAUCGAGCUCGUACAGUCUCCCCAAGAGCCCUCGCCACGGAACUGUUAUCCCUGUGACUGCAGCUGAGCUUAAUUCGCUGACCUCGACGAGCGCAACUUCGGCAAAGAAGACACGCAACAGCAACAACAUUGUCGCAAGGGACAGUCCUGUCCUGCCUGGCUACUACGCAGACCCCAACAUUGCCGUCUUUGGCGACACCUACUACAUCUACGCCACCACCGAUGGAACUCCCGGCUGGGGCGGAAACACAUUCUACGUCUGGUCCUCCCCCGAUCUUGUUACCUGGACACGUGCUGAGACGCCUUUCCUCACACUCGACGGUGCAGCGGGCAACGUACCCUGGGCUGUCGGCAACGCAUGGGCACCCACCGUCAUCGAGCGCGAUGGCAAGUACUACUUCUACUUCAGCGGACACAACGCGGAGUACAACAGAAAGACCAUCGGCGUUGCCGUCGCAGACUCGCCGCUUGGUCCCUUCACAGCACAGCCCCAGGCUUUCAUCUUGAACAACGAGGCACUCAAGACCGGCCAGGCCAUUGAUCCCGCGGCUUUCCAGGACCCCACGACCGGAAAGUACUACAUCUUCUGGGGUAACGGAACACCCGCACUUUACGCCGAGCUUUCGGAUGACAUGCUGUCGCUCAAGAUUGAUACACUGCGCGAGAUCCCUGGGCUUGUGGACUUCCGUGAAGGCAUCUUCGUCAACUACCGCGACGGCAUCUUCCACCUCACCUACUCGAUCGACGACACGAGGUCUGAGAACUACCGCGUGGGAUACGCCACGAGCGCCAGUGUUAAGGGGCCGUGGACCUACCAGGGAGUCAUCCUGCAGAAGGAUGUGGCGCAGGGCAUUCUGGCUACCGGCCACAGCUCGAUCAUCCAAGUGCCUGGCACUGAUGAUUGGUACAUUGCGUACCACCGCUUCGGCAUUCCCGGUGGAAACGGGACGAUGAGGGAGACGACGAUCGACAGGGUGUACUUCGAUGAGGCGGGGCUGAUCAAGCCUGUUGUGCCGACACUGGAGAGUGUUGCGCCUGCUCCUGUUCCUGUAUACUAG